AUGGCUGAUCUGGAAUCGAAGCUGUUGGAUGGCGAGAAUGUAGGAUAUUGUAGUAGUAGUGAUAACGACGAGGAAGAUAUCGUGAAGAAGUGUGUCGACGAUAACGACAGCAAUUACAACGAACCGUCGUCGCACUCUCAACUGAAGGGUAUGCGUAAUACUGGACCGAAGGGUGUUCUCGAUGACUGGAGAUUGUUUAAAAGUGAACAGCACAAACAGGAAAUCCAAAAGCAACAACGGAUAGUAGCAGAAGCGAAACGCGGUAUGCUAAGUGGUGGCAGCAAUACAGACAAUAGAGAAUCAGAUGAUGAUCUAGAGAGAAUCAGACAAGAACGACUGGAACAAUUGAAGAAUACGAUUACCUCUAAACAGAAGGUGAUUGAAUUACAAUCGAAAGAACAAUUCUUGACGGCCAUUGAAAAGUGUCGAAACACUUUAUUGUUGAUUCAUAUCUAUGAGGAUGCAGUCGAUGCGUGCUCUACGCUGAAUUCAGUUUUUUACACGUUCGCAAGCAAGUACUCUCAUCUGAAACUUGCUCGAGUCAAGUCGUCCAUACUGAAAACAUCGCAAAAUUUCACUCUGAAUGCAUUGCCGACAUUACAAGUGUAUUACAACGAUGUGUUAGUUGGGAAUUUUGUACGAAUUACUGAUCAGAUUGGUGAAGAUUUUGAUGUCGAGAAAGUUAUUUCAUUCCUUUACCAGUUAGUCGUUUGUAUUCAUUAUCAUUGAAAUGAUAUCGAUUUGGAAUUGAAUACGAAACGACAAAAUGCAGAUGAUUCUGAAUCUGAUGACGAUAAUGAUGAUUCGGCAUGA